GGAUUAAGGCGAUUGUGAAUUCCCGUUCGUCUUGAUAAAGUCUCUUGGAAUUAAGAGAAAAAAUACGGAGAAGAGAGAAAAGGGAAGAAGCUUGUGAUGAGAUUGGGAACAUGACUCGAUCUGGCAGAAGUUUUAAGCCAGACAGAGAGAGAAAGGAAAAGGGAUGACAAUACUGUACUAUAACCCGAACGAAGGGAAUUGAAUACUUGAAAGGAGCAUGUGAAAGAGCUACAUGCUUCUUGUGAUACCUGGAACGAACGAACGAACGAACGAACGAACGAUUACUCCAUCUGCCCCUUCCGGAAGGUGAGGUCUUACCCCUUCUUCCACAUUAAACGUCAUCACUGACCUCACGCCCACGCAAACCCAACCUGACGCUGCCCUAACGAAAAGUCUUUAGUACCUUCUACCCCUCCCCCAUUCGUCUCUCUCUGGUGAGGUCCGCACGGUCAUUUCGCCCCCUCACGGUCCACCACGGCUGGCGCCCUGGAACCCAAGCUUCGGGGAGAAAAAGAAAAAGUUCAAAUUUUUACUGGCGGUUGCUUGCGCGUGCGGCCACACCCUCCUUCCAAAUUUUUUGUACGCUUUUCUCUCGGAAGCUCUCCGAUCACCCUCAUCACCGCCUAGGGUUUCUUCCAUCGCUAUAUCUUUCCCCAUUUCCCAAGAUUGUUGUGGCCAUGCCUGUGUUUACAGCUGCUUCUCUAGAUAGGUUGUUGGAGCCCGGAGCUUCGACAUCGGGCGGGAAGCCUAGUCCCAACCCGAACGCUGCUACUAACUCCAAGUCCAGUUCGGCGAGACGUGUUCGUAGUUCGAAGCCGGAGACGGUAAAUAGUAAAGCUAAGAAUAAGCUUACCGGUUAUGGUAGUAAUAGCAGUAAUUCGUCCACAGAACAGAAAUUUCGGUUUGGUCGGAUAUCGCCGGCACUCUACACCACUCCGAAGCCGACUCCGCUCCCCGAUUCCCCCUCCUCCGCGUUCCCUCCCUCUCCUUACAUCAUCAAUCACAAGCGCAGAGGUCCCCGCCUGCUCAAGAGCUCCUCCCGGAACGAUGUCACUUCUCAGUCUGCCCGACAAAGUUCAGGCGAAGAAAAUGACAAGGGAGAUGGGGGAAAAAAGAAGAUUGUUGAUUUGGCUGUGAGCGUUCCUGUUACGGUUACCGUUCCCAGCCUUGUUGAGAAGGAGCAAGUGAAUGGUUUGCAUGACGGAGAGCGUGAGAACGGUUUACCCUGUCGAAAGCAUGUGAAUGACUUGAAUGAUGGGAAGCUUGGAAGUGGUAGUGUGGAUGAUGGCACGGCCGAGCUUCAAGAUUCGGAGAGGUUCGUUGCGGCCAGUCCAGAGAUAGACAGUCAGAGUACGGAUUACUUUGAUGCACGGGAGUCGAUGAGCUGUAGGAGCAACACUGAUGGAGAGGACAAUGGUGUGGCAGAGUCUUCCUUGAGUUUCACUACCUCAACGGGAGAGUUUUUUGAUGCUUGGGAAGAACUGUCCUCUGAUGGUGGACCACGGCCUUCUCUCUGUGAUGUUGGGGCUGAAGUGCGGGAAAUGAGACUGAGUUUAUUGAUGGAGAUAGAGAAGCGGAAGCAAGCAGAGGAAGCCUUGAGUAAUAUGCGAAGCCAGUGGCAGAAGAUUGUGCAGCAAUUAUCAGUUGGGGGAUUUACUUUCCCUGCUGAUCCUUCUGUGGGAGCACUGGAUAAUCAGUCCGAUGACAGUCUUGCAAAAGAGCUAUGUCAACAAGUUCAUCUCGCUCGCUUUGUAUCAGAAUCUGUAGGGAGGGGGACUGCGAAGGCACAGAUGGAGAUGGAGAUGGAAGCUCAGAUGGAAGCAAAGAACUUUGAGAUCACCCGAUUAUUGGAUCGACUACAUUAUUAUGAGGCUAUGAAUAGGGAGAUGUCUCAGAGGAACCAAGAAACUAUAGAGAUGGCACGGCGUGAUAGGAAGAGAAGGAAGAGAACACGGAGGUGGGUUUUGGGCUUGGUCGCUGCUGCCAUUACACUUGGUACUGGAGCUUUAGUAUGGUCCUAUCUCCCUGGUGGAAAAGGAGGAGCAUCAUAUUCUGGUAACCAGCCUCAGGUUCCAGAGGAAAAUGACAUAGCCAAGUGAUGUGCUUCCAACUAAAUAUUGAAACUGAAAUGACACUGCCCUUACCAAUAGGUGUAGGAGAAUAAAAGAUCACAUGUGAAACACCGUGAAUUUCACUAGCUUGUCAUUUAGUUUUUACUGCAUCUGAGGAUGUAAAGUUUCACUCUAGUGCUUCAAAAAUGUUCAUUAUGCACAUUUGACUAGCAAUUUGAAAUGAGGAUUGUACCCAA